AUGGCGAUGGGUGAUAAACCAAUGAGGUUGAUUGCGCACGCAAACUCUGAUUGGUUGUCUGCUACCGAGAAACGAUUGGAUUCUGAUAUUGCAGCUCGUACUACCUGUUCAGUUUCUGGUUAUAAAUCCGAUUCAGAUGCUGAUGUGAAUAGAAUUCGAUAUCUCAUUAAAAGGUUCUUCUCACAGAGGCGAGUGGACAUCUUAUGCAUUCAGAAAACAAAGUGGGCCGGAGCGACGGUGGAAGAAGUUAACAGUAUAGGUUUUAGGAUCUGGCUCGCAGGUGAAAGCACCCUCAAUAAUGGAGUGGGUAUUCUUAUCAACAAGAACCUGGCAGACAAAGUCGUCGAAGUUCGAAGACAAGGAGAUAGAUUAAUUCUCAUUAGACUCAUGAUACGGAAGGUGGCGUUAAACUUUAUUAGCGUGUAUGCUCCUCAUGAGCGUACUCUUGAGGAUGACAAGAAAUAUUUUUGGGAUGCAUUUGAUGGAUCGGUUAGCAGUGUACCACCAAGCGAAAAGUUUUAUAUUGGAGGAGACUUCAAUGGACAUGUUGGUGCGAGCGGGAGAGGAUAUGAAAGGGUACAUGGAGCGUUGGCUACAGGGACAAGAACCAGAGUGGUGAAGAUAUCUUGA